AUGGCAUCCAACAGCUUGUGUCCUCCGGUUAAAAACAUUCUUCUUUUAGAUUCUGAAGGGAAGCGUGUGACAACUGUUAAGACAAAUGCGCGGACUGAAGCUGAGAUAACACUGCUUGAGAACAAUAUCAUUGUUUACAAAUUUGUGCAAGACCUGCAUUUCUUUGUCACUGGCGGUGAUGAUGAAAAUGAGCUUUGGCAUCAGUUCUUCAGGAGAAUAAGAGGUUGUGUUGAGUUUGAGAAGAGGAAGGUGAUAGUGUCAUCGUUUCUUUCAGAAGCGAAGAGGAAGGAGACAGUGAUAAAUGCAGCAGUGACGCCGGUUGCAGAGAGAGCUGAGAAAGGAAGCGGCGCCACGAGAGGAAGGAAGAAGAACUUGUGA